AUGGGCUCGCAGACUUUGGAAAUUCUGCGUCAGGGUGUUUGGGCAUCAUUGACAGGUGGCUGGUUUUAUGAUCCCCACCAGAAUUUGUUCUGCAACACUGUGCACUUGUACAUCUGGUUGUUCUUACUGUGCCUGCCAUUUUCUGUUUACCUGUAUUUCCCACCAGCAAGUGUUGGAUGGAUCAUCUACUGUGCUCUUGUAGCUCUAUUGUUCACAUGCCUGAAGCUUUUGAAUCAUGGCCUGCACCACAUGUAUGACACAAAUGAGUGCAUUGUAGUCCAGCCUACAGGAGAUCCAGCAAAUCCUUAUGGUGGAUCUGCACAAGAAGAAGGAAUAGAGAUGAUGAGGUUGGGUGUAGCUUUGGGAAAUGCACUGGAGAACGACAAUGAGUCUGUCACAUCAUUGGAAUAUCACAAGCCCAAUAAUAGUACUAUAGAUUUAAAAGUCGAUGUCCAUCGCAAAAACAGCUCCGAAUCCAGCAUAGAAGACAGUGCUAUGUCGUCAAAACCAGUGGAAGCGGUCGCAGCGACCAAAUCAGAUCUUUGUGCAAAUCAAACAUCAGAGAUGCCUGGGCCUUCCAAAACCCGUCCAACUAACAGAAGCCGCUCCAAGUCUGGCCACAAAAGGGAACAUAGAACUAAAACAAGGAGAACACAUGCUAACCGAAUUGACGAACUGAUUGUUGAAGAAAGCUCUAGGAACCAGAUGUUCGCGAAUAACCUUCCAAUGCAUGUUUUCACCGAGGAUGGUCCCUUUGCAAAAGUCAGCCGCAGAUAUCAUGAGUGUCCUCAUAGACGUGGAUCAAGCAACAGAGAUUUCUUUAAGGAAUGGUUGUACUUAGAUGCUAGAGAUACCAAUGGUGAUCCAUAUAAUUCAAAUGCAGUUCGUCAGCUCAGCUCAGAUUCCAGAGACAACUCGGAACCAAGUGUAGGGCCACCCUCACCAAAGAAAAGGACAGCGCAUAGAAGAAGGUAUAUAAAUUACCCAGAUGAAAGUUGCACCAAAUCGGCAAUGGCUUUAGCUACACAUCCGUGUAACAUGAGAAGGAAUUCUAAUUCAACCAUGUCAACUAUACAGUUGCCACUUUUGAACUCAACAGCACAAUUGGUUUCUCAUAUGAGAAGGCAUUCAAAUAAUGCUGAUACUGGGUUCUUUGCUAGCGUUGAACUUGGAGAGUAUAUGAUGGUAAAAGCAGAACCACCGACAUGUGAUGUUGAUAAAGCUAAAGGCAAAAGUCCUGGAGUUAGAAGGAUAAAGAGUGCCGCACUAGAAAUAGGAUGUCCACCUCCGAGUGUUUCGAACCUUUCCCCCCAUCCUAACAGUGCAGAAACUAUUGGUGGUCAGGUUUUAAAAAAUCCUAAAAAUGCUGUCAUUCCCCCUCCCAGCAAAUGCCUGACACGCGGUCCUCAUUUAAACCUUUACCCAAAAGAUGAAUCGGGAGAAGGCUGUAGUUAUCCAUAUCUCACAUACGGAUCGGAAAUUGUGUAUCCGAUAGCUGAAAUAUCUGACGAAAUGCAAACAUCCCAGAAGGAGACCGACUUAGACUCUAGUGGAGACAGUUACAGUGAUUAUGAAGACGAAAAACAGUUCCGGGGUUUCGAUUGGGAUGCAGAGCAAUCACCUGCCGUUCGUUCUAGUGAUUCUGACUAUGAAAAUAAUGGAUCUAGGUCGCCGUUACUAGAUAGAGCAGCUGAAGUGCGGAUAGUCCGAUCAAAACAUCAUAGUGACAAAAAACACUGUUGCGAACGACAUUCCAAUACAAAGCAUAAUACAGAGUGUUCAAACGAUAAAACGAAACAUGUAAGACUGAAAAAGCUUUCUAAAAAUGAUCAUUACGAAAACAAACGUCUGGAAAGGCAAACUACCUGCGAAUGUAAAUAUAACUCGAAUGGUGAUUACUUUGACAAAGCAAGUGCUAGUUCAAAAGAUUUGCUUAUAGAAAAAUCCAGCUUAGAAUCAAAUGAUAACACUGAUCACGACAAAAAAUCUGGUGAUAAAAAGAUCGUAGAAAAGAAACCUUGGGACCACGAUAUAUCAAAUUCGAGCAGCAGUAGUGAAAACAAUUUAGAUAAGCUGCGAGAAGACAAUAAGCAUGAUAAAAACAUGGCGCCUGAAACUGAAGAAUCGCAGUUGACUUGUGACAGUAAAAGUGCAGAUGAAAGAAGCGUCUACAGUUUAGAUUGGCUCUUUGAAGAAGCGCCACAGGCCAAAAUGGUCUAUUGUAAUGAAGGCGCAUCGUGUGCCAUUCAAGAAGAGGUUCCAUGCCAAAAAGUUGCUAGUGCAUUAGGAGAAUCGUCGUCCAAUGUCCCAAAAAACCUAGGAGCUAUACCAAAGCAGAUUAAAAACUUAGCACGAUCGCGUGCUUCAUCGCAAAAGGAAAAUAAAAAGAAAGAUUCUAGGAAAGAAAAAGAUGAAAAUCAAAAUGAGGAUCGUAUUUUGUUAGAUGCGGUAGAGGCACAAGCUGCUUUGGUUCAAGGCCUUGAAUGUUUAUUUGCGGCAACCAACGCUAACACAGUUGUAAUGCCUGCACCGAAUAGAGAAGAUAGGUCUCGGAGUCAUCGGCAAAGUAUCCGAGGUGAUAGAGAAAGUUCAAACAAAACAAGAAAACGGUCUAUUGAGGAAGUCGCACAAACAUCCACAAACACGUUGCUUCCAACAUCGAUGCCGCUGUUAGCAGCUUUCCUUAAUUCAAGAGUUGAUUUUAUGCCAUGUUGCGCAAAUGAAAACGCACCAUCAGAGCUCGUGCAGUAUGCGGAGGAGGGUCAGAGACUUAGACCUCUAAUGGAUAGGAAUCACAGAAACAGAGUUAGGAAAAUUAAACGUUCUACACGGCAACGCAAUAAUCCAUCCUUACAAAAUAACACUGAAAAAAAAGAAAAGCCGCCUAGUUCAGAAAAUCCAAAUAGCUCAACCAAUGUGCAUUUCGCAACGUCGUUUGAAGACACCAGCGACGGUGCUAUUCACAGGUUUAUGGACGAAUAUGGCAAUUGGAUGUCUUAUACAUUUGACAAGAACAGUUCGGGCAGGGCACAGGCCCAACCUGCCUCUGCACCAGACAAGGAAGAUAAUUUACGAUGUAAUAGAGUGAAGCCUGUAGAUAUUCCCGACUCACAAGAAACGGCUGGUGAAGGGAGUUGUGGCUCGCUCGAAUCGGAAGCAGGAAAUAGUGAGAGCAUAAGCAAAACAAAACGCGGCGAUAGCAUAGACUCUUCAAAUCAGGGUAGUAAUAACCCACUUUUAUCUAGUAAUAACAAUGUAUCAACAGUAGUUCCUAUAAAUACGAAUAAUACUAACAAACGGUUCUAUGUAUUCGACGGUGGAACUGGCUCUCAUAGUGAUCAACCUAGAUCUCCUGUGGCUUAUGUGACUGAUAGUUUAUUAGAGCAAAUCGAAGCGGAACGUCAGUCUCGAAUGGGACUGCCGAGCAUGCAUAUCAACUUCUUGAUGAGCCAACAAAGGGCUCAGCAACAAGUACAACAGCAGGCUGAAAAUUCUUCAGCUAAUGCGCCUAGUCUAAUGCCUUCGAUCGGCGAAGAAACUGUAGAUAUAAACAUAAGAAAUAAAUUUUCGAAACUCAUGGAUGAAAUUGAGAAAGCUAAUCAACCGAAACCAAAGAGCUAUUAUAAAUUCAAAUUAUCUAAGUGCUUGGAAAUUAAAGUGACAAUGGACAGAUUAAAAUUGAUGGCGCUUUUUGACAGGAAUUUAACAUUUAAAGAAACAUUUGUUUCUAUACUAUUGGCUAUCGCAGUUGCAGUUCUCGGUUCAAUGGUAUUGAACCUUGGAUUCUACAAAGAUAUAUACGCCUUCUGGUUUUGUUUCAUUAUGGCGGGUAGUCAGUAUUCUUUGUUGAAGAGUGUUCAACCUGACUCGGCAUCACCCGUCCAUGGAUUUAAUAAAAUGGUGGUAUUUUCACGGCCAGUUUAUUUUUGUUUAUGCACGGCCAUUUUGUGUGUAGUUCAUAAUCAACUGGAACAAAUAACGAUAUCUGAUGAUGAACAUUUAAGAAGCAGACGGAGUGUGAACGAUAAUAAACCAAUAACCGUUUACGGGUUCGAGUUAAACGAACGGGAUUUUUUAUGUGUUAUCCAAGAAAUUCUUUCAAAGUUCCUAUUGUUUUUUCCGCUGGCCUUUAGUUUAGGCCUUUUCCCACAAGUUAAUACAUUCUUAAUGUAUUUACUGGAGCAAAUAGACAUGCAUGUUUUCGGAGGUAAUGCAACCAGUAGCUUGAGCGCCGCUGUAUAUUGUGUAGUGCGCUCCGUAGCUGCCGUAGGAGUCCUGUAUGGAUUUGCAUAUAGCGGCUUGAUUGAAGGAAAGAAGUCCCAGUAUCAGAAACACAAUAUUCUAUUUUCGAUAUUUUGCGGCCUACUCGUUCCAAUAGCGUAUCAUUUAAGUCGAAGUGCAAGCGACUAUACCUUAAUAUGGAAUUUAAUAAAGAAGCAUCUCCUUCCACCGGAACUGUAUGUGAUGCAGCAUCCGGAAUGCUCACCGGAAUCAGAAAAGACUGAAACUAAUCCCUUAAGCGAUGAUAAGAAGAACAAUUCUGAAAGUAACAUCUCUAAGCAAAAUUCAAUAGGUAGUUCUGCGUCUAAGAUAAACUUUAGCUCAGAAACCAAUAUAGCCAAGUCACAAAAACGGUCACAAACGUCUAGUGUUAGUUCAUUAAAAAUGGAUCCCAGGACAGAUACAAUGAAUUCCACUAACUCAUUGAAAGGUGAGCCUCCAACUGAAGCAGAAGAUAAAAGCCGUGAUACAAACACUAAUAAUUCGAAUGCAAACAAACACGAUGCCUCUGACAAGGCAGACGAGGAUAUGGAGGACCCAUUGCCAAAGAAACUUCAAGCGACUGUCAACGCUAGGCUCAAAAAUGACGUCAUAGUAUGCACCUUUCUCGGGUUGUCCGUGUUCGGGCUGCAUUGCACUACUGUCUUCACAACACUUCGACCACAACUUAAUACGGUGUUGUGGAUUAUAGCCGGUUGCCUAGGCUGGGUACUCCAUUACAUCAUACCGCAGCUUCGCAAACAGCAGCCGUGGUUGUGUUUGGCUGGCCCAGUUUUUAGGCAGCAUGAACAUGCACAAUUCGAGGUCACUGAGCCCGCCAGACUUAUGUUGUUUGAGAAGAUCUUUGUGUACCUCAGUUUCCUUGAGCGUAACGUCCUCUAUCCGGCGGUGGUCAUUGCUGCCACUACGCAAGAUGCUCCCGCCAUUGCGGAAAAAUAUGGUGACACAGUUGGCGCGUUGAUCAUUUGUGUUUGUGCGUUAAAAUGUCUCAGAAACGCCUAUUCAGACCCGGACAGCCAGUACCUAAUAUUGGUAUUCGCUGUUCUGAUAUUCCAACUGGAUUUGAGCAGUCAAAAGAUGUCCGAGACGUUCCUCGUCGAUUAUUUCGUAAUGGCCAUCAUCUUCAACAAGGUCUAUGAAUUUCUACUGAAGGUUCAAUUUGUUGUGACGUACAUAGCGCCGUGGCAAAUAACAUGGGGCAGUGCUUUUCACGCAUUCGCGCAGCCUUUCUCCGUACCGCACUCCGCCAUGUUGUUUCUGCAGGCCGUAGUCUCGGCUUUACUGUCUUCGCCACUAACACCAGCCCUCGGGAGCGCCAUAUUCAUGACGUCAUACGUACGACCAGUAAAAUUUUGGGAGAGAGACUACAACACUAAAAGGGUGGAUCAAAGUAACACAAGGCUCUCGUCGCAGUUAGAGAGAAACUUGGGGGCGGAUGACAACAACCUGAACUCCAUCUUCUAUGAACACUUGACCCGCUCACUGCAGCACUAUCUUUGCGGUGAUCUUAUGCUGGGUCGAUGGGGACAGGUGCAACAAGGAGAUUGUUUCGUGCUCGCUUCUGAUUACCUGAAUUGCCUAGUGCAUAUCGUGGAGAUGGGAAAUGGACUGGUAUCAUUUCAACUACGAGGGCUGGAGUUUAGAGGGACUUACUGUCAACAGAGGGAAGUAGAGGCUAUCUCGGAAGGACCGGAGGAAAGUAGUGAGGGCGUGUGGUCGCGCUGGUGGUGCGGCGGGCGGCUGCUGGCGCCGGGCGCGUGGUGGGCGCUGCGCUGGCUGGCCUGGCAGCUCGCCGCUGCGCGAUACGUGCUCGAGGGUUACUCAGUCUCCGACAACAGCGCUGUCUCUAUGCUGCAGGUCUUCGACUUCCGCAAGGUGCUGCUCACCUACUACGUCAAGAGCAUAAUCUACUACACAAUCCAAUCCAACAAACUAGAGGAGUGGCUCUCGUCACCUACAAUAGCUGAGGCCCUGAAGCCGAUGAGCGAACGAACGUUCGUCGAUCUGGACCCAAUUUUCAACGUAAAUUUAGAUGAAGAUUACGAUUUUAGAGCAUCUGGGAUCACUAGGAGCCGGUUCUGCGCGGUGUAUCAAGAGUGGGUGGUGCAGUGCUGUGCGCGGCGCGGCGCUGCGUGGAGGCGGCGAGCUGGCGCGCGCGACUCGCCGCUGCUCACGCUCUGCUUCGCGCUCAGCCUGCUGGGCCGCCGGGCGCUCGCCGCCGCACAGCACCUCUCCGCCUCCAGUGUGGAGUUCUUUCUGUACGGUCUACACUCGCUGUUCAAAGGCGACUUUCGUAUCACUUGCGCGCGAGACGAAUGGGUUUUCACCGACAUGUCGCUGUUGCAGUCUGUGCUCGCGCCAGCUAUUAGGAUGGCGCUUAAGUUGCACCAGGACCACUUCAUGUUUCCUGAAGAGUACUGCAGCCCCGCCGCAUUAUACGCGGCGAUCUCGACGCACGCUCAGCGCCUCGUCAUCUGCCAUGAGGCAGCGCCCGCCUGGCGCUACAACGUGCUGCGCGGCGCUCCGCACCUGCUGGCGCUCCGGCACGUUAUGGACGAAGGUAACGACGACUACAAAAUAAUCAUGCUAAACAAGCGCCACCUUGGAUUUCGCGUGAUCAAACUGAAUCGCGAAUGCGUUCGGGGAUUGUGGGCCGGUCAACAACAGGAGUUGGUUUACUUAAGAAAUAGGAAUCCGGAGAGGGGAUCCAUACAGAACGCUAAACAAGCGCUCCGUAACAUAAUCAACUCAUCGUGCGACCAACCAAUUGGCUACCCCAUCUACGUGUCACCACUGACCACGUCGUAUGCCGACACUUCGCCGCAACUAUGCUCACUGCUCGGAGGACCAGUUUCCGUUACUGCUAUCCGGCAACGGCUAACUGCGCUUUGGAGAAAGGUGCGGCGGCGGUGCGGGGAGGGCUGCUCCAGCGGCGGCGCGUGCGACGUUGUGGCGGCCGAGGCGGGCUCCGCGCGCCCCGCGCCCGCGCCCGCCCCCGCAGGACCCCCUGGCACCGCAGCACUGCAGCUGUCGCGCUCCUCGCUCGCUGGUACCCGUGGAAGCUUAGCUAGUGCGGGCAAACCAACAUCUUCAACCCUGGCAUCUCUUGCUGGUCUCCUCAGGGAACAUUCCCAUGAAAGAACACAAGAAGAAACCUCUUACGCUAGUCAAGACAGUACAGAAGCGCGACGCCGCAGUGAAGAGAGAGGCGGACGUAGGGAGAGAAACAUGCGGGCACGCAGUCAGCCGGGCAACCGGCGGCGCUCACGUGGCAGCGGGUGUGGCAGUGGCAGCGUCGGUGGCAGUGGUGGUGGCAGCGGUGGCGGCGCAGCGUCGUUUCGUUUGCUGGCGGCUGACAGUGCGCGCGCGCAUCUCGCCGACGAACAGGGAUCAAAUGGCUGGGAGUGCGGUUGGAGAGAACAACCGAGGCGAGCGGCGAGUGCUAAGGUGUGCGGUGGAGGGGGAGGCGGCGCGUCGUCGCUGGAGGAGUUGCAGCUGGCGCGCGCGCUGCCCGCCGGCCUGGACCUGUCGCUGCCCGACUGCAAGAUCAUCGCCAACAGGAACGCGGCGCACCACCCGCACAAGAGGUAUUUCUUAAAUGAGGGUACGUCGAAAGACCUAUCGAAACUCAGCAAGGAAAUACGUCACGAGAGGGAGAGUUACAGAGAACUGACCGGACGUUACAUCGAGAAGUCAGAAGCAAUACCCCUGAAAGAGACACACUACUCUGAUCUAUCGAAUAAAGAAUCGAUAUUGAAGAAGGAAACUAAAAAAGAAUCUAAGCCCAAAGAAAUAAAGACUAAAAUAAAACGAUCAGACUCCGGCAGAAGCGAGCUUAAAAUUAAUGUUAGUGUAGGAAGUAAGGUUCUGAUUGUAGAGCCUUUGGGAGUGUACGACUGCAUCAAUCUGGGAAGGAGGAUAGAUGUGCAGUGGCCUUCGGAGAGUCAAAGGGAAAGGGGUGGCAGGAACUUUUGGGGGAGUUGGGUACCUAUGGCUGGAAUGGAUGGAUUGGUGGUCCACAAGUGGAGUCCCAACCACCGCGAUCCCAAGCUGCGUUCACACGUCGACAAGAGCAUCCUUUUACUGCAGAUCGACGACAAGUUUGUGCCCAUCGCCGAGAAUUGUGUGCAGGACCUGGGCGACGAAGUCUGA